GCUACCACUCUGACACAAACAGAUCCCUGCUUGGACACAGGCUUUCUUCCUGGCUGGAUCCAGAUCCCAGGGCAUCAGACCAGGAAGCGGGGUCCCUCCCCGUCUAGCUGCAGGGUGCGGGACACCCCGUCUGGGGCCACAUCGCCUAGGCAUCCCCCCGCCCCCCGCCGCAGGCGGUGUCCGCCGGCCCGGGGGUAGGGGCGGUGCUGGCGCUUUAAGAGGCAGGGACAUGCCCGGCCGGCGCGUCACUGGCAGCAGGUAGAGCCGCCCCCGAGAAGCAGCUACCGCCGCCGCCGCGCAGCAGCAGCGGGGCCCGGCCAUGGGGAAGCUGCAGCUGUUCGAGAUCCGCCUGAGCGAGAGCCGGGUCGUCUACAGCCCCGGGGAGCCGCUGGCCGGCACUGUCACCGUGCGCCUCUCCGGGAGCCUGCCGUACCGCGCUAUCAAAGUGAGCUGUGUUGGCUCUUGCGGCGUGUCCAACAAGGCCAAUGACACCGCGUGGACGGUAGAGGAGCAGUACUUUAACAGCACGCUCUCGCUCGCGGAUAAAGGCGUUCUGACAGCUGGCGAGCACAGCUUUCCCUUCCAGUUCCUGCUGCCAGCGUCAGCCCCCACAUCAUUUGAGGGCCCUUUUGGGAAGGUGGUUCAUCAGGUCAAAGCCGUGAUAGAUACACCCCGAUUCGCAAAGGACCACAAGUGCAACAAGGUCUUCUACAUUCUCUGCCCGCUCAACCUGAAUGACAUCCCUGACAUUGAGCAACCCAACACCACGUCCAUCACCAAGAAGUUCAACUACAAGCUGGUGAAGAGUGGAAACAUCAUCUUAACCGCCACCUCGGACCUCAAAGGGUAUAUUGUGGGGCAGGCAAUCCAGCUGCGCACGGAUAUCGAGAACAAGUCUGGCCGGGACACUGGCACGGUGGUAGCCAGCCUCCUCCAGAAGGUUGCUUAUAAAUCCAAGCGCUGGAUUUAUGACUUGAGGACCAUUGCGGAGGUGGAGGGCUCAGGGGUGAAGGCCUGGAAGCAUGCGGAAUGGAAGGAGCAGAUCCUUGUCCCCGCGCUGCCGCAGUCUGUGCUGCACGGCUGCAGCCUCAUACAUGUUGAUUACUAUAUCCAAGUUUCCCUGAAGUUGCCAGAGGUUUCAGUCACUCUGCCUAUUUACAUUGGCAACAUCGCUGUGAACCGGGUUCCUCUGACCCCAGCGAGGUCUCUCCAGCACAUUCCGUCCGUUGUGGUCCCGUCCGCCCCACCAGAAGAGGAGGAAGCUGCUAGUGGCUAUCACCCAAUGGACAACGUUUCAAUCCCCACCAAAAGCCAUUCCCAAAUUCAGGCAUUCAGCUACGCUCCAGGACUAAGCUUCCAGGACCUAAGGCUGGACUCAGACCAGACUGCCUCCCCAAACCACCCCACGCUUUGCUUGGCGACAGGAGCGACGGUCCCUUACUAUGCUGAGGGAUCAGUGGUUCCAGUUCCUACUGCCAGCUCUCUCAUCUUGCCACCGGAGUACAGCACGUGGGGUUACCCCUAUGAAGCCCCUCCUUCCUAUGAACAAAGCUGCAGCAGCGCCAACUCCAGCCUCAGCAAUGGCAACUAGACCCGUGCUUGGAAUCCUGCCAGUGCUGGCCCCGAGGCACCAUGGCCCCUCAUCUGCUGCCAAGUCUGGUACCACGCAAAGCAUCUUCCACUUGGG